GCAGGUGUUUGCCGACAUACUGAGGCGGUAAAAACAGCGGAACCGUUUGUUGGUUAAAGAUCUGAAAACAAGCUGUUUGGCACAGGCAGUUUUCACCCAACUGGACAUUACGAUGUAUACAGAAUCCUGAGAUCUCCUACUGACCUCAUUAACGUCGGAUAUUUCUUAACAUCUUUGUGUUCGCUCUUGAAUUCAGGCCAGUCAGGAUGAGUUCUGUGUCCAGUACACCCCUAGCCAGCCCGUCCACAACGCCCAUCCCCAUCCACCCAAAGUCAGCCUCCAUGGACCUGACAUACAAUGUGAACACGAUGGAGGAUGAACUGACAUGCCCGGUGUGUUUGGAGUUGUUUGCAGAUCCUCUCAUGUUACCAUGCUCACACAGCAUCUGUAAGAAAUGUCUACAGGAUAUUCUCGCCAGUCGCAAGAAACAGAGCCAGGAUGGUCUUGAGUGUCCCUCAUGUAGAAAGCAGCACAGUGUAUCAGGAGAAAAGAUCUCGCGUUUGCCUAGGAAUUUAGCACUGGAAAAUGUAGUGUUUCGUUAUCAGGAGAUUAAAGUGCAAACAUUGACCAAAAGUCGCAGUUUAGACGCGUCAUUCGAACACCCUCAUAGCCCUACAGAAACGCCCGUGUUUGAUGCACCCGUCUUCAAGGAUGAGGCAACCAAUGAAAACUGUGGACUGUGUGAAACUAAGCCACCUGCUAAGGCCAUGUGGUUCUGCCAGCAGUGUGGAGUUCUCUAUUGCAAAGUGUGUCUGGAGAAGUUCCACCCUAAGCGCGGGGCUUUAGCCCGGCACAAACUGACACGCCCAGUCAAAGUGAGCCAGGAAGUGAAGGAAGUGUUGUGUAAGGACCAUGAGAGUGAAGCCGUCUCUAUAUUUUGUCGUGUGUGCCAGGUGCUCGUCUGUCCCUUGUGUGUGUGUGAGGGCAUGGGCAAACACUCUGGGCAUCAGGUGGUGGACCAGGAAACAGCCCUCAAACAGACAAAGGCUUCCGUGAGUCAGAGCAAGGACAGUUUGGAGAUGAUGUUAUCCAAGUUGUCUGAGCAGAAUCAUAAACUAGAAGAGGUCUUAGAUGAAACAGAGAGCCUUCACCGCGAUGCAGCUCAGAAAGUGGAGUACCAGUACCGGCGAUUUGUGGACGACAUUGUCGCGACAUUAAGGCAGCAGAAAGAUGCCACGUUGGCUCACCUGGGUGAGUUAAAGUCCAGCCUGAACAAGCAGCUGAGGACGCAGAUUGACGACAACCGACGACGGCUCAAGAGGAUGGACAAUAUGACGGAAACGUGUAAGAAGAUGCUGGAGGAAGAUGGAACGAACACGCUGCUGGAAAGAGCCACGGAGGUGGAGCCCAUCAGGAAGCACGUCCGACAGUUCUCUGAACACCUAACCAGUUCAGAGGAGCUUUGUGAAUCAGUGCUCAAAGACAAGACAAUUCAGAAGGAGCUCAAGUCCAGUCUGGCUCAAUUCAGGAACAAAACUGAAUCCACAAUUGAUCUCUUCCUACGAAACGAGUCCCAUCGCUGUACCGAGAUUCGGCCAGCCUUCCAAUCACCCACCUCCCCAGGUAAAGUGGAUGCGCCUCGCAUUCAGAACAAGUGCUUAAUGACCUGGGGGUUCAACUCCACUACCUUCACCGCUGAGCAGCUGUCCCGAAGCGUGGCAUGGACUGUAACCAUAGAGAAGAACAGCAGUCACAUCGGGGACGUUAAAACCGGCUACUUAUUUGGGGUAGGGGUGGGCAGUGAGGUGCUGAAUAUCAAAGACCUGGUAGGAAUGAAUCGGAACUCGUAUGGGCUUGUCUGCUCCGGGGGUAACCUCGUGUUUGUCCAUGACAGUAAGGUGGAGAGUUUGAUGCCCCUGGAAAACCUGCCUCUCUCUGUGACGAUGUACGUAAACCUGGAAGCUGAAGAUUACAUAGUGCUAGCCUACAUGAUCACAAGCACCUCCUGGGGAGAUACCCUCCAGGGAAAAAAGUUUGUCAGCAAAAAAAUGUUCAAAGAUGCCAUUUAUCCUGUGUUUACUGUUAGUCAGAGAGUGAAAAUACAGUUUCCCACAUAUGUCUGAGUCACUGCUGCAAAUGUGAGAACAUCUCCAGCACUGACUCAGAUUUAUCUGGGACACUCUAUGACAUUGUUGUCACCUGGAGUCUGAUUUAGUGCUGGGAAAAUGAAAACAUGUUUAGGUCUGAUUAAGUGCUGGAAAAAUGAAAACAUGUUUAGGUCUGCUUCAGUGCUGGAAAAAUGAAAACCUGUUUAGGUCUGAUUCAGUGCUGGGAAAAUGACAAAAUAUUUAGGUCUGAUUCAGUGCUGGAAAAAUGAAAACAUGUUUAGGUCUGAUUCAUUGCUGGAAA